UUUUUAUUCAUUCAAUCAAUUAUAAGUAUUAAUAUCUUUAGAUCUAUAAUAUAUUCUUCUACAACAAAAACCCAACAAUUUAUCUCAUAACAUAAGAAUCAUUUAUACAAAUUUGUGUAUUUUUUUUUUUAAAAUGAUUGGUGGAUCGAUGGCAAUUUUUGCAUCCAAUUGUUGUUCAUCAACUUUGUUAUUGGAAUCUAGAAAUUAUUUUUCAUGUUGUAAUAAUUCAAAGAGAUUUAAUUCAGUCAUAAAUUGCAAUGCGAAAAAUCAUGAUUAUAAGGUGCCAAAAUUGGAGCCUUUUAGCAGAAGCAAGUUUGAGAGAGCUGUUAAAGAUCCUCCUUUGAUUCAGAAAUCUGAGACACAAAUUGCUGAUUAUUGCUCAGUACUUGAAGGUGAAGAUUCUUACAGUUGUUGGCAAGCUUAUUUCGAGCUCAAAGAACUCGAGAAGGAGUCAACAAAAGAAGAGGUGGAGAGGCUAAUAAUCGAAGCGGGUGGAGUGAAAUCAUUAAUAGGGUGUCUCCAUGGAGUAGCAGCCAUUCACAAGGCACACAAGGAGGCAUCUAAUGAUCAUCAGGCAAGCGACGAAAAGAAGGCGAAGAGUGAACGUGAACAAAAGAUACAUGUACAUGUACCAGAUGGAUUGCCAAGGACUGCUGAGGAAAUUGAGGAAGAUGAGAAAUCAAUGAUGCCUGAUUCUUCCUUUACUAGGAUGCUAAGACAUAGAGGCAAGCACCCUGCUUGGUACUCUCCUGUUCCGGACCAUGAAACUGACUGAAGAGUCUGCCAGACUCAAAACUGAGAUUUAAAGGCGAAAUUAGUGCUCGUUUUGUGCUUAAAUAAGUUACAGUUGCUGUUAUAUGGAGUUUUUAAGUUUUGAGAUUAGUGGUAUGUUUCUUUUGUAGGGUCUGUAAUAUAUUGUUAUUUCUAAUCAACAGUUUAGUUUUCUUGUAUAUAUAAAAAAAACCCAGGUUAAUUUGGUGUAUACAUAGAUUUUCUUGCUUA